GACCACAGAAAAGUAAUUCACCCCUCAAACACCAUCCGCAUGACAUCGACGCUCUUGACGUUUGGUUGUUUGGUGACUAUCUCUUCAGAGGAAAUUGAGCGCUACUGUUCCAAGUUGAAGCCGGUGGAUUUGGGAACAUGGGAGGUGCACGACUACGAGGGAGUGGCUCUCUUUCUGGAUAAUCUCCCAAGCACCCUACAUGACCUGAAGACAUUGGAGAUCCGUCAAGAUGACGUCUUUGUCGUCACGUAUCCCAAAGCAGGGACAACCUGGACGCAGGAGAUGCUGUCUUGCAUACUCCACGAUGGAGACUUGGAGACGGUCAACAAGACGCACACAAUGAGAAGGGUUCCUUUCUUGGAAAUGAGCUUCGGAGGCACAGUGCACACUGAUAGCCCUCGACCUCACAAGAUAAUCGGUAAUCAUCCAAGGAGUUCUCCUCGCCUCAUCAAGUCGCACCUGCCGGGUCAACUCCUGCCUCCUCAGGUCUGGGAGAAGAAAGUCAAGAUUGUCUACGUCAUCAGGAACCCCAAGGAUAUAGCUACGUCUUACUUUCAUCACAUGCAACUGACAAAUCCCCAUCUUGACAUUCAGUGGGAUGAUUUCUUCGAGAGGUUCAGUAGUGGAAUGAUCGCCUAUGGAAAGUGGUGGGAGCAUUUUCUUUACUUCUGGGAAAGGAGAAACGAAGAACACAUUUGUUUCCUACGAUUUGAAGACAUAAAAAAGGAUCCACGUGGUACGGUGAAAAAGCUCAGCGAGUUUCUGGGCAAAUCGUUCCCUGAUGACGUCAUCGAUGCCAUCACCGACCAUUGCAGCUUUGCUAACAUGAAGAAGAACCCCAUGACCAACCCUGAUUCCUUGUUCGUGAUGGUGUUAGGGAAACAAGAAGGGAGAUCCUUCAUGCGGAAAGGUGCCGUGGGUGAUUCGAAGACGCACCUGUCUGAAUCCGAGGCGGCAGCAAUAGACGCUGUGUGUAAAGAGAAGCUGGCACCAGCCGGUCUCACUUUCGACUGAUGCGUGAAAUCUCCCAAAAUGAGACGAUUGAACCGACAUUGAAUGUGGUCUUUUGAGAUAUUUCUUUUUAAAUAAACCAUUUGUUAAAGCCUAAAUGUAGCUUUUAGCUUCGGAGUCUUUUACAGCCUUUACUUGUUGGAAAUACUUACGCAGUAACUCGCAAUCACUUUGCAUUGAAAUCCCGUCUUUAACUCAAUACAAAUGACUAGUUCCAAAUUAAUUUUAUGGUUGGUGUAUACGUGCUUUUUGGAUAAGGCACCUUG